AUGUCUCAGCCGAGUAGUGCUCAAUUCAAUUUCUAUAGUAAUCUGUCUUCAUCAUUAGAAGAUCCAAUAUCACCAACUACAUAUCUGCUGUCACUGCAACUGCAACUGCAACCACAACCACAACCACAACUGCAAGUACAGUCACUGUCACUGGCACUGCAUAAUCAUAAUCAUAAUUAUAAUCAUCAACGUCAUCACCAUAACAAUAAUACCAACAACAACAACAAUGGUCAUCACAUUAAAAAUGACAAAUUACAUAAAUCCAUUAAAAGAUCAUUGAGUAAAUUAACAUUUACUCCUCCUAAUGCUAAUAUUCCUUCUAAUCCAGUAUCAGCUUCUUCAUCGACGGGUCAUAGUUUUUCUGAAGCAGAUAUAUUUGAACGAACUUGUUCUAAACAUAAUUAUCAUUAUCCAUUAAUAAAUAAUCCUGAAACUCCAUCACAUUAUAAUUUAGAAAAUUAUACUUCACCGAUUUUAGACACGGCAACAGAAAUCUUAUCGAAUAAUAUUCCAUUAGAUCAAGUGAAAUUGAAUUGUUAUUGUGAUGAAAAUGAAAAUGAAAAUGAAAUAGAUAAACAAAUUGAAAAUGAAAAUGAACAAGAAGAAAAUACUGAUCAAAUAAGGGAUCAAAAACAAGAAAAGGAAGAUAUACUACAACCUCCAUCAACAACUACUACAUUUAUUCGUCCACGAGCUAGAAGUAUUAUAUCACAAACUUUAAUAUCAACAUUGGAUCAUAAUAGAAAAAUGCAUUCAUCAAUGUCAAGCACUGGAUUUAAUAAUAAUCAUAAUCAUAACCACAAUAACAACCACAACCACAACAAUGCCACUGCUACUGCUACUGCCAUUUCCAAUUAUAAUCCACUGCCACCACCAUUACUUGCGAAAAGACUGAUGAGUUAUGCUGGUCAAACCCCUUAUUCUCAAAGUAAAGGUAUAGGUAAAGUUGAUAAAGAAGAUAAUGAUCCCAAUACAAUUGAUUUUUUUUCAUUUGCUGAUAUUAUAAAUCAUGAAGAAGUUGAAGAAGAACAAGAAAAAGGAUUUAUUAAUACUAGUCCAACAAGAAGUAGUACCAGUAGUAGUAGCAAUAGCGGUGGUGGUAGACAAUUUAAUCAAAUGGUAUCUCCAUCACCAUCAUUAACACAACCACCAGUGAAUGAUUUCCAUCCUAUUAGAAGAGGUAGUUGUGUUGCUACAAUUAGUGCUAAAGAUUAUAUUGGAAGAUUUUAG